AUAAGUAAUAAAUCUUUUAUUAUAAUUUUGUUGUGGAUGAGAAAGUGUAAAUCGACUGUAUUCACGCAUACACUUUCCCACCCACACAACAAUUGAGUUGAGUUAGGUUAGUUUUUUUGGAGAUGUAGCCUCCCACAGAGAGGUGGACCCCACUGCAUCCACGCAUACACUUUUUCAUCCAUACAAUUGGGUUAGGAUAAGUGCUGUCAUAAAAAUUUUUUUUAAUUUCCCAAAGUUGGGAUCAUGCGUACUUUAUUCAUCACAUCGAAAACAACUUAUGUGUAAAACUUUAGGUCGAUCGGGAGCAGGGGUCAUUCGAAAGUAUAUCCCUAUAUUUUUGUUUGCAAAAAUAUCUGUUUUGCAGAAAUAAUAUUAGAAGAGUUACCUUUUCAGCAAGGAAAAAUUGGGCUAAAAUAGAUCAGUGUUUUAUUACAUAUAAUGCGAUUAAAUUGGAGUAGUCUAUAUGAGACGAUUAAACGUCUUCGCACUUUGUAGACUUUUUUUACACAGUUUUGUAGAAAUUCCUUUACAAUUCUUUUUUAUUACAUUACGUUCGACGAUCCUAAAGAGCGUAUUGAAUAUCGAAGCAUUGUGUGACGAUAACGACGAUAUCUCGGCAAUUCUAUCGAUUUUCUUUGUCCUCUUUUCGUCGCAACUAUUGUGCGAUCUUCGUGCCGAUGAGGAAAAGAAAAAAAAAGGAAAGAAAGCGGAUUUACGGGGUGAGGGAGACGGGUGUAAUUGGCGACAUAUUAAUCUCCAAUGGCAGAGAUUCAAACGGGAGAGUCUGGACAGAGAACACGACCUCAAUUUCGUGUAAGAAUCUAUCGUGGACACGAUAAUAGUGGUAGUGGUGGUGGUAGUGGUGUCGCCGGCGCGACUGGCGCCGAGCGACUGGCACCAACUACGCUCGCGUAUGGAUCGCCCUGUCGUCAGGAUAAUAUAACUCGGUUCGGGGAUCGAAACUUAAAGGGGAGAUGGAUAAGCAUCGGCUACGAUACGAAGAAACGAUAUUGGGUUGACGGGAUCGAAAACUUGGGCGCUGUCUCGUUAAGGGAUGAACCGCGCGAGGGACGACGAGCUCGUGACGCACGGAACGAGGUCCGAGCAGCUGUCUCCCCCGGAAGUCUCCUUCACACCUUCGCACGCUCGUAACCUCCGGAAAAAAACGGAAGAAACGAGCGGAAAGGAUUGUGCCGUUCGAUGAAAAGUUAUCGGACUCUGAUGCGAGAAACGCUGACAAACGAGACGGGGCAAAUGGUCGCUGCCUUCGAGAAGCUUGGGCAGUUUUACGAUACUUGUCGAGACUUCAAGAAGAAACCCGUAAAUUUUACACCCGUUUACGAACUAUUGAAUGAACUUGGUGGUUAUCUUUUGCCGAAAAGCUCGGAAUCGACCGACAUCACCUCUCUAAUCUCCGCAUUGCUGAAAGUAAAUGGCGCGCCCCUCUUCGACUUAUACGUCGACGUAGAUCUUUACGAUCGCACAAAAUCAUCCGUAUAUCUUGAUUUUCCUGCCAAGCACCAGAAUUAUGAGUUUCUCGCAGAGGACCAGAAAAACAGAGACGUACAAAGAUCGCGUAAAAUUCGAGAGAUUGUCCGAGGGUUCUUGCCAAAAAAUAUGGAUCCUAAGGAACAAUCGUCGGAAACGGAUCUACUUUUGCAGUUUUGCUUAUCGCUCGAGAAGAUUUAUCCGAAGCACAAAGACUUGUACAAUUGGGUGGACGUUGAACAGAGGGUAUACGUCACUUACAACGUUACUUAUCUCCAAGAAAGCUUUGGUUACAUAAAAUGGAGAUCGCUGCUGAAUACUACGUUACGCUACCGUGAGAACGGCGCCGAUCUGCACAGCGAUAAUAACGACACGAAUCGCGUACGACCGCCGACGUACGUCGCAUCCGAGGACCAGCAGAUUUACGUCUACAUUACGGCUCCACGUUACUUUCGCAGCCUUGGCAAGCUAUUGAAUCGCUCCUCCAAACGGAUUAUUCAUAACGGAUUGCUGUUGCUCUACGCGAUGGACACGUGGCACGACAUUGCGAACGUCACCGCCGUCAAGGAAUGGGAAGCCCCCUGCUACCAACUGACCAGAAGCGUAUUCGGCGAGGCGGUCAGUGCGCUCUACGUGCGACAGUACACUCCAAAGUACUUAGAAAUUCUGGUCGACAGGGUGACUGCGUUGUUCAAACGCGUGAAG